AUGAACGAGGACGGUCGGCGAGAGUCUAUGGGCCCACUGCGAGAUGGAGAAGAGUUAUUGGAUGAAGGAGUUUUUGCAAACAGACGCAAUGGCCACUCCGGAGCCACAGAUCGAGGGCCUGUCUCUGAUGAAGAGAAGGCGUGCUUGAAUCACGUUGCCUCCCAUCACCCAUCGUCGAGUGGCAACCUUCUAGAGGAGAAGAUUGAAAGUCUACGCAAUGUAGAUGCUCUCCAGCACCCCUCAGCCAAAAGCACGACGGACGAUACGGCCGCUCACGACAAGAGCAAUGAAUCCAGCCAAACAUCACCGGAGCAGCUCAAUUCGAUCCCGGGGAACGACAGCUCAGCCGUCAAUGUCUACGACAAUCCCCCUCCGAGCGCCACCGACGGGCCCACACCCAACGACAAGACCGGGCCACCAGACCAGACCGAAGUCCACCCCUUUCCCGAAGGCGGUCUGCGUGCCUGGCUCGUCGUCCUCGGCUCCUUCAGCGGCAUGACGGCCGGUUUCGGGAUCCUCAACAGCGCGGGGACUUUCCAGGCGUACCUCAGCACGCACCAGUUGGCCCACGAGUCCCCCAGUGCCGUCGGCUGGAUCUUCAGCCUCUACGCUUUCCUCACCUUCUUCUGCGGUGUGCAGAUCGGGCCCGUCUUUGACGCCCACGGGCCCCGGUGGUUGGUGUUUGCGGGCACCGUGUUCUUGGUGGGCGGGAUGAUGGGGGUGGCUGAGAGUAGCAAACUCUGGCACUUCAUCUUGACAUACUCCAUCCUCUGCGGUGUGGGCUCCUCCCUCAUCUUCACCCCAGCGAUCGGCUCCAUAGCACACUUCUUCCACAGACGCCGCGCCGCUACUACAGGUCUCGCUACCACCGGCGGUAGUGUGGGUGGCAUCAUCUUUCCUUUGAUGCUCCAGCGUCUCUUCCCCGAAGUCGGCUUCCGGUGGGCGACGCGGGUCCUCGCAUUCCUCUUCCUCUUCCUCCUCUGCAUCGCCAACCUGCUCAUACGCGGCCGUCUGCAACCGUCGAAAGACAGUCACGUCGUUCAGAACAUCUGGCCCGAUUGGCGGAUCUUCAAGAACCGAGUCUUCGUGUUGACGACCGCAGGGGUCUUCUUCAUCGAGUGGGCUCUCUUCAUCCCGCUUUCCUACAUCUCCUCGUACGCUCUCGCCGGGGGCGUUUCGCCUACUUUCAGCUAUCAACUGCUCGCCAUCCUGAACGCGGGGUCCUUCUUCGGUCGUUGGGCGCCAGGCUACAUGGCUGACUUGUUCGGGCGGUUCAACACGAUGAUCAUCACCGUGGCUCUAUGUCUCAUCUCCGUCCUCGCCGUGUGGCUCACCGGCUCACCGGGGGAUGGCAGCAGAGGCAUCGCUCAGCUGAUCAUCUUUUGUGUCCUCUUCGGCUUCGCCUCGGGAAGCAACAUCAGUCUGACACCAGUGUGUGUAGGGCAGCUGUGCGGGACCGAAGUGUUUGGAAGAUGGUACGCGAGUUUGUACACCGUGGUGAGCUUCGGCUGCUUGACCGGUAUACCGAUCGCGGGGCAGCUUCUGGCUACGGAGGGCGGGAAGUACACUGGCUUGAUCGGGUUUGUGGGAGCUUGUUAUGGAGGGGGGCUGAUAUGCUUCAUCUGGGCUAGGGUUUUGAAGGUGGGUUGGAGUCUGAGAAAGAUCUACUAG